AUGCCUUCUCGACCAUUGACACAGCUCACAUUGGCAUUGCUUAAGCCAGACUUGACUGCAAACAGCAUCAAGGUUAAGAAGGUCCUUGCUCACAUUCAGCAGAACGACUUCAACAUUGUUGCCCAUAAACAGCUACUUUGGUCAAAGAGCGAUGCCGAGGCCUUCUAUGGUGAGCACCGCGGCAAGUUCUUCUUCGAGCGGCUAUGUGGCUACAUGACAAGUGGACACUUUCAUGCCUUGGUUCUCGAAAAAGCCGAUGCCAUCCCGGACUGGCGAGCCCUCAUCGGCCCCACACACCCUCCUCGUGCUCGUAUUGUUGCUCCAGAUACCCUGCGUUCUUUGUAUGGAAUGACGGACACGAGGAAUUCUUUUCAUGGCUCAGAUGCGGUCGAGUCGGCCAAGAAGGAGAUCGGGUUCUUCUUUCCCGAAUUCAGUAUCGAAAAAUGGGAGGAAGAGCAAAGGAAAGCCCAAUCACCAGGACCAUAA